AUGGACACGUUUGUACGUGGAUCGACUUCGAUGCGGCACGAAGAUAUUUCAGUACCUAUGCGAGAGUUCAUGGCGCGGAAUAAGUGUUUCGAUCCCGUUACGUCUAGGGAUAUAGCAGGUGUCAAAAUAAUCGAUCUCAAGCUCAGGUUGGGUCAGCCUUAUGUUUUUCAACACUCCGGAACUUGUGAGCAUUUGUUGAUAUUCCAUGACCUCCGAUUGCUUGAGAAAUGUGAUGUCCAGGAUUUGGAAAGAUAUCCAAUGGUAGUAUUCGAAAAGAAGGGAGAUGUUCGAUGCUCAGCGUGCAGAAGCUAUGCAGCAUUUGUUGUGGAGGAGUGUGAACGGCUACCGUCCCCCUAUAUGAUGUUCUGGCCGAGGCGUGCUUCCGAGAAUUCUUCUUUCAUGCACGGUCACAAGAUUGGGCGUUUCAAAGCUCAUCCUUACAUGCCGAUCAACCGCUUUACGGUCCUCUAA